UACAGCCACAGUAAUAACACCUGAUGUGUCUGAUUUUCUUCGCUGCCCAUUCAAGGUUCCAAAUUUAACGAACCACACCCUCACAAGAGCGUUACCGACAUCUCCAAAUUCACGCCUUUGAACUCCUUUUACAACCUUAUACUCUCCUAUGUGGGAUCCCAUAAGACGUUGAAAGGAAGAUUGGACUGAAUAAAUGCUGCCUUUAAGCAGUGAUGAGAUAUAGAUCGGCAAAGGAUAAGUGCGUCAUUUUGGGUUUGCUUUUUGCAGGGUUUCAGAUGCUGGGGGACUGAUAAUUUGGCAAGAUUAUAGACGGUGGGAAACAUCAAACAUAAACGAAGCGGAGCUCUGAUUCUGAAGGAGAUUGGAGAUGGGUUUCUUUAGUACUAUAAUGGGUUUCUGUGGAUUUGGUAUGGGAACUUCUAUUGGUCUUGUGAUUGGCUAUUAUCUCUUCAUCUACUUCCAACCCACUGAUGUGAAGGAUCCUGAAGUUCGUCCAUUGGUUGAGCAAGAUUCAAAAACCUUGCAGCGAUUGCUUCCUGAGAUACCUUUGUGGGUGAAAAAUCCUGACUAUGAUCGUGUUGACUGGCUAAAUAAGUUCAUUGCAAAUAUGUGGCCUUAUCUCGACAAGGCAAUCUGCAAGAUGGCAAAGAAUAUUGCAAAGCCCAUUAUUGCUGAGCAAAUUCCAAAAUACAAAAUCGACUCAGUUGAAUUUGAAGCACUUACAUUGGGUUCUUUACCACCUACUUUUCAAGGUAUGAAGGUCUACAUUACUGAUGAGAAGGAGUUGAUUAUGGAGCCAUCUGUAAAAUGGGCGGGAAAUCCUAAUGUAACUGUUGCCAUUAAGGCAUUUGGGUUCAAAGCAACAGUGCAGGUGGUGGAUUUGCAAGUCUUUGCUGCCCCACGUAUUACGCUUAAGCCACUGGUUCCAAGUUUUCCCUGUUUUGCCAAAAUUUUGGUUUCUCUUAUGGAAAAGCCCCAUGUUGAUUUUGGACUAAAGCUUAUGGGGGCUGAUAUUAUGUCAAUCCCUGGUCUAUACAGAUUUGUUCAGGAGCUUAUCAAAGAUCAGGUUGCAAAUAUGUAUUUGUGGCCUAAAACAUUAGAAGUACCGAUCAUGGAUCCCUCAAAAGCGUUCAAGAGACCUGUUGGAAUUCUCCAUGUGAAGGUUCUGAGGGCAAUGAAGCUUAAAAAGAAGGAUCUUCUUGGGGCUUCAGAUCCUUACGUCAAACUAAAACUGACCGAGGAUAAACUUCCAUCAAAGAAGACAACGGUGAAGCACAAAAACUUGAACCCUGAGUGGAAUGAGGAAUUCAAUAUGGUUGUUAAAGAUCCAGAAACUCAAGCUUUGGAGAUUAAUGUUUAUGACUGGGAACAGGUUGGCAAACAUGACAGGAUGGGUAUGAAUGUCAUUCCUUUGAAAGAUCUUCCUCCUGAUGAGUCAAAGGUCAUUACUCUUGAUCUACUCAAAAACAUGGACCCUAAUGAUGUUCAAAAUGAGAAGUCACGUGGGCAGAUUGUGAUGGAGGUGACUUAUAAGCCUUUUAAGGAGGAUGACAUACCAAAAGAUAUUGAAGAUUCAAACUCUGUGGAGAAAGCCCCUGAAGGAACACCUGCUGGUGGUGGUCUGCUUGUAGUUAUAGUUCAUGAAGCUCAAGAUGUUGAAGGGAAGCACCACACAAAUCCAUAUGUCCGGAUCAUUUUUAGAGGGGAAGAGAGAAAGACCAAGCAUGUUAAGAAGAACAGAGAUCCAAGAUGGGAAGAAGAAUUUCAGUUUAUGCUGGAGGAACCACCCACUAAUGAUAAACUCCAUGUGGAAGUAGUCAGUACCUCAACAAAAUUGGGCCUACUGCAUCCCAAGGAAAAUCUGGGCUAUAUCAAUAUCAACCUCACAGAUGUUGUUAACAAUAAACGAAUCAAUGAAAAGUAUCAUCUCAUUGACUCAAAGAAUGGAAAGAUUCAGAUUGAGCUGCAAUGGAGAACAUCAUGAGGAUGCUGAUUUUAUCUUUGAUCUGAGAGUAUGAGACAGAGAAGACCUUCCAUGUGUUGUCCAAAGUUUCAGACCAAAUCAGAUUGAUUCUUGUGAAUGAGAAAUAAAUUCCUAGUUUGGUUCCUGUAUAUGUAAGUUUGUUUGGUUCAUUCAUGCUUUUGGUAUAUUACCUGCGUGUAUUUUACUACCCCUAGAUUAGGAUGAAGCCAUAGAGAUCGCGUUGGGGCCCUCUCUCCCUGUGUAUUUGUUACACAAGGAUCCUCCUGUAUUUGGUUUCCAAGUAAUAAUACAGUGCCUCUGGUACAGCCUUGUAUAGUUU